AUGGCUGACAACAAACCUGUUUUGAAGGCACAAGAUAUGGCUGAAGAUGUUCAAGCUGCUGUUUUCGAACUAGCUGCUACUGCUUUAGAGAAACAUACAGUGGAAAAGGAUAUUGCCACAUUUUUGAAGAAAGAAUUAGAUGAAAAAUAUGGUCAUACAUGGCACGUUAUCGUUGGUAAAAACUUUGGUAGUUACGUUACUCAUGAAAUGGGUUAUUUCACAUACUUUUACAUUGGUCCAUUAGCUUUCUUGAUAUUUAAGACUGGUUAA